UGGUCACAUGUGAGGGUUUCUUGCUGUUGGGUUUUGUCAGAGAUUAGAAUGAACUUUGCCUCUGUUCCUCUUUACAAAGGAAAGCAGGAUCUCUGGUUUUGUCUCAUUAUGAACUUAUAAACUAAAAUUAUGCAUCUUUUCAUCUGGUUGGCUUAUAAUUAAAACGGAGAAGGUGUGCUUUUAUGGACAAACUUGCGUUUGGUGGCCGGGCAGGAAAUGAGGGAAAUUAUUGGCGUUUAUUAUCCGAGACAUCUUCAGGGUGUAGUCUAAAAGGAAGUAGCCUGGGAGCUGCACUCAGGCAGGCGGUAUGCAUUGCAGCGGCUCGGAACCAGCUGCCCCCGAACGGACUCCGAGACAGGGCUCCAUUGUGGAGCGGCUGUCUCGGUAUGGCAUGCAGGUCUUGCCCGGAGCCUCCCCGCGUAGGUCGAGGCUGCAGAGGCAGCAAGAAGUCACCGACGGCUCCGCUCCGGAGAGAGAGUCCGUCCCGCCGGUUCUGCGUAGAAAGUACCUGAAGGAGCUUCUCCUGAGCCGGGCUUCCAGCAGCGCAGUGGGCAGCGGGUUGCUGCAGAGUCUCUCCCCGGACCAGGAGGACUCGGACUGGGCUAUGUAUCCCAUGGAGCACGCCUGGAUGCUCCUGGCGGUAGAGGGGAACUACGAAACCAUCCUGGACUUCAUCUCCGAGGACCCGCAGCUGCUGACCCGGCGGGACUUCAUCAGCGGAUACUCGGUGCUGCAUUGGCUGGCCAAGCGGGGACAGGACGAUAUCCUGCUGAAGCUGCUGCGGUUCGCGGAGCGUGCGGGCUUUGCGGUGAAUGUGAACCUGCGGGGCAGCGGCGGCCUGACCCCGCUGCACGUCGCCAGCAUGCAGGGCCAGUUCGCGGUCAUCAAGCUGCUGGUCGGGGCUUUCGGCGCCAACGUGGACGCCAUGGACUACAACGGGAAGCGGCCGUGGCAGUACCUGCGGGAGGACGCCCCGCUGGAGAUGAAGGAGCUGCUGGGCACCUGGGACGAGGAGCACAGCUUCGGCUGUGCGCAAAACUUCAACAAGAACGUCAACAACAACUGCGCUGGCGCAGUGAGCGUGGCCGCAUGCGAUGAGACGGAUGGCGAAGAAACUGAAGAAGUGAGUUUCUUUGACAGAGCCAAGAGAGGCAGCUGGAGGUUCGAGUCUCUGAGGAAGCUGAAAUCCUCCUUUUCAUUUGUUAGAAGCAAAACUUGAGAUAAUGCCGCACUUUAAUGGGGCAGUGUUCUGUAAAAUCAACCUAUUUUAAGUUUACAUCAUGUUAUAAUAUUACUCCCUCAUCAAAAACAUACCUGGAGUGUUUUGAGAAAUCCAUUAAUCUCCAUGGCAACCACUCAGCUGUGGAAAACACCUGUGUGGACCUAGCCCUGCCUUCGAGACACAGCUCCACCUCAGUUUCUUUGUUUAUUUCUCCCAGAGCAAGCCUCCAUCAGUCUGCACCUUCAGACUAGCCAGCAGCAAUUAGCAAACACCUGGUAGAACUUAGCAUCUUCUGAGCUCGUUAUAUGAGCUACUUCUCAAAGCAACAGUAAAAGUGUUGUUAAAGGGGCAGUAUGAUGUAAAACCAAUUAUUCUGAGCUUUGUUUUAUGUUCCCUCAUCAAAAACAUAACUGGAGUGUUUUGAGAAAUCCUUUAAUCUCCAUGGCAACCAUACAGCUGCACAAAACGCCUGGUUGGACUUAGCUCCGCCUUUGAGGACAUAGCUCCCUUCAGAGCUGCAGGUUUUAAGCUUCCACCUCAGAGUGACCCUCCCCACCCACUACUCCCUCACUCAGCUCCUUCAGACUAGUCAGAAGCAGUUGGCAAACACCUGGUAGAACUAUGACCUACUUAUCAGUGUGAAACUGGUAAAAAUAUUAGAGGGUUAAUAGGAGCCAUAUUGUGAGGAUUUCCUGAAAGCAGAGUUUCUUAAAGAGACAGAGGUCCAAUUUCAAGACAUUACAUUAUGAAGUCAAAUAACUUGUCAUUUGACUUGUACAUGAUUUUUAGAACUGAAGAUAAGGCCAUUAUCAAAAGAUAAUGGCACCAUGUGCCUGGAAAAUACGUAAUAUUGCUUCUUUAAAAUAUGUAAACAUGCAUGGUUUGGUAAUUACACCUCUUGAAACAUGUAAUUACCUUUUGGUGAGAAGUUUUGUUUUUCCUCUAAAUGAUCGUUAGUUGAUAGAAAAACCAAAUUAAAUUUAAUAUUUCUACUGAUUCAUUGUGUUUAUGAACAAAAAUCAAGUAUGUUUUUAUUUACUGCUGUCAGAUUAGAAAGUCCAGUUACCAAAUCAUGCACGAUGUGCAGUCAAAAAUUUACGUUAUGGAUCUGCUUUUAUGCCAAGUUAAAGGUGCUGUUAGUUGGCUUCUAAUUGUCCUUAAAAUGUGAAGAAAACUUGCAUGUUGAAUAACUUGCUGCUUUCUCAAACACUUCUAAAACAUAAAAGUGUGACAGACUUGCUCAAUGACAUUUCUUGGUCAUACCAUUUAAAAUCAGCAGGUUUUAUCAGAACAAAAACAAAAACGCUUGUAAACAUCCAAAUGGACCUACUGGGUUUCUGCUGUUCCUCCACACUGAGCACUAACACUUUUCAUCUGCUGCUAAAUUAAGCAAAUUGAAUAACUGCUGUGUCAAAUUUUAAAUAAAUGCAAACUUGAAAGAAAUAGCAACUUGUUUUUUUAUGGGUCUAAGUGUUAGUGCUUUAUAUUUUAAAUAAACGCCUCAGAACAUCUAAUGCUAUAAAUAGGUUUGCAGAAGAAAUCACUGCAAAAUCAAAAUCCUGCA